GAAUGAAAAUAAGAUGCUUUGGUUGUUCAAAUUUAAGAACAAAAACUGUACACGUGGGCUUUAUUUGCAUAAAAUGCAGAUUUUUUAAGAAGGUGCUUACAAAGGAAAAAAAAAUACAGCACUGUGGAGGAGAAGACUGAGGUGUCUUGCAGAAAGGUUGCCUGGACUUUAAUAACUGAGUCAAACUCUCUCUAUGCCUGAAGAAGGGUGUUUGUGUCCGAAAGCUUGUAAAGAGCAAUUUUUUAAAACUGUUUAGUUGGUCUAAUAAAGGCAUCAUAUCUAUUCAGAACUUUUUCUGCCUGGGCCAAACGAGAUGUUUUGGGGACUCCUGCCUCCUUCCAUACACAGAAUGCAUCUGAUCUGGGGAUGAACCACGGUUGUGCAGAAAAUUAUCUUCUCUAGGACAUCUGACUCGCUUGUUGUGUGUAUCAUCUGAGGCACCUAAGAACAGGCACCUAAGAACACCAUAAUGGAACUCCAUGACUUCCUCAGUGGAGACCACAUUAACAAAAUGAAUGACGCAGAAAUGAACUCCACAGAUUAUCCAUACACCAUAGAUUAUGAUGGACUUAUAGAACCAUGUAGCAAGCAGGAAGUCAGAAACUUCACAAAAGUAUUUUUUCCAAUCACAUACUCACUGAUCUGUGUCAUGGGCUUUAUAGGUAAUGUCUUUGUAGUGAUGACGUUUGCUUUAUAUAAGAACCAUAAGUCUAUGACAGAUGUAUACCUCUUCAACUUGGCCAUAGUUGAUUUAUUGUUUGUUCUCACUCUCCCAUUGUGGGCAAUGAGUUAUGCUGCUGACAAAUGGAUCUUCAAUGAUGUCAUAUGCAAAAUGACCAGAGGUAUCUAUGCUAUCAACUUCAAUUGUGGCAUGCUGCUUUUGGCCUUUAUCAGUUUGGACCGAUAUAUUGCCAUUGUACAAGCAACAAAGUCAUUUAAACUUAGGGCAAGAACCCUAGCAUAUAGCAAACUCAUCUGUUUGGUUGUGUGGGUAUUCUCAAUUUUAAUCUCCAGCUGCACUUUCAUAUACAGUGAAAGCUAUAGCAUUUUUCUGAAUGAUACAACAGAGAUUUGCGAACUCAAAUUUAGUAAAGAAGUAAACAGCACUGCGCUGAAAUUAAUGCUCAUGGGUAUACAACUAGUGUUUGGCUUUUUUAUCCCUCUGCUCUUUAUGAUUUUUUGCUAUGCAUUCAUUGUCAAAACCUUAGUGCAAGCUCAGAAUUCCAAAAGAAGCAAAGCAAUACGUGUGAUUUUAUUAAUUGUAGCUGUCUUCCUGGUUUGUCAAGUACCCUAUAACAUAGUUCUUCUUAUAACAGCCACAAAUAUGGGCAAAUUAAAUAGAAGAUGUGAUAGCGAAAGGCAUAUAAGCUAUGCAAAAUGUAUUACUGAAACUGUGGCAUUCUUGCAUUGUUGCUUGAACCCUGUGCUCUAUGCAUUUGUUGGGGUGAAAUUUAGAAAUUACUUUUUGAAGACAAUGAACAGUCUGUGUUGUAUAGGAUCCAAGAAAUACAAGACAACCAAUUCAAGGAUAAGUUCUGAUGUCUAUCACUCAAGGCAGACAAGUGAAAUUACGAGUGAUAACAUAUCAUCCUUUACUAUGUAAUACGUAAUAUUCUAAGCUUUUAUUUUCCUCAUCCAGCAACUCUAGCCAAUCCUAUUUUUCAUGUUACAGCUAGCAAUUCUGACUAUUUUACACCAAAAAUGGUAGUUCCUAUGAUCAUGAUAGCUCCCUCCAUCAAAACUAUUAAUAAAAACACAAGAAUAACUCUGCUGUAUGGAAAACUCAUGUAUUAAUCAUCUGCCUAACUAACAUUCAUGCUGUUCCUUCAAUACAUGCAUUUAACAUUCUUAGGAAAGCAAGAUGUAUCAAACAGCUUCCUUUUUCCUCAUGCCAGUUUGAUCUGAAAAUUGCUUUAGUAUUUUGGUUUUGAAGCACUCUCAACUCAGCUGUCUCAUAUCAACCAAAAUAUUCCAGUCAUGAUAAUGAUUCUUUUAAAAGUCAGACAGACAAUUUUACUACAGGCUUGCUGUAUUUCUGAUUAUAUCGCUAUUAAUGAUUUACAUUGUAAUAGUGCCUAGAGUCCAUAUCCACAUUUGGAACACCAGGGUGAUAGCACUCUACAUACAUGUAUUAGAAGGCAAUUCAGACCCAAAGAGCUUGCACUGUGAACAAAGGAUGGGAAGGGGAACACAGAGGUGAAGUGACAGGAUCACUGAUGCACAGCAGGUGAGUUGCAGAGCUGCGAUUAGAAUUUAGGUUUUGAGUCACAGUCCAGUCUAGUGUCUUAUUUAAUAGUUACGGAGUUAUGGUUGCCUAUAUUGGAACAUGUUUGGGUCCAGAGACCAUACUAAUAGAAGACAGUAAUAUUUCUUUAAGUAACCACUUAAUUUUCAACGAUCAGCUCAGCUUUUAUUAUUUGUGAACAAAAAAAUAUAUCUGGGAAGAGAUGUCUUGGUUUAACAUUGGUGUUUUGGGGUUCAUACUCCACUGAAACUGACCAUUUUGUGACUGUCGUCUUGAUAGAGAUUGAAACGCCACUUUAUUUUUUCUGAUUACUUAAUCAAUUUUUUGAAUGAAAUAAUAAAUAUUUUGAAAUAUAUUUCCAAAAUAAUUUUGAAUAUAUGAAAGUGCAUUUCUUGUUCCUUGAAGAUGGCUUAGCUCAGCAAUAUUUGGCCUUUAUUGGAACUAGAUUAAAUGCACCUUGGCAGCAUAAACUAGGCAAUAUGCAGUGCACAACUCCUCCUGUAGGGUUUAUUAACUAACUUAAGAAGGGAAACAGCAUUUUAAGAGAUGACGGAAUACCUGCCAGUGUCAACAGGAGUAGGCCAAGAACUACACUGCUGAGGGAGAGAUAAGACUGUCUGCAUUAGUAUGAUUCAGCAUUGUUUAUACGGUACACUGAAAUUCUCAGAUAUAAAUACUAUGUACUAUUGGGCAUUUAUAGAUGUGCUCUGGGAGGCAGGCGGGGAACUUUAAUUAGCACACUUCCAGAGCCGUACUAAUUAAAGGCACCUGGAGCAUCAUAGGUAUCAGUGGCGGCAAAGUGCUUUGAAAAAUGAGCUUUAGUUCAAAGCACCCCCUGCAGCAUUUUUCAGCACA